UUCGCACAGCUCGUUGAUCAUGACAAUCCCAGUCUGGGCACGUUUCCUGCUCGAUACUGGUUCGAUAACACGUUCUGGAAAGGACCCGGAUCACCAGUUGUCUUUGAAACCCCGGGCGAAUUCGGUGCGGAGAUUUAUCUUGACACAGUCUUCAACUACAGCAUGGUCAGAGUCAUAGCGGAGAAGAUCGGCGCUUCUAUGGUUAUUCUGGAGCACAGAUACUUCGGCAAAUCGAUUCCGGUGGACAAUCUCACAACAGAGAACAUGAAGUAUCUGACGCUGGAGAAUUCGCUCAAAGAUCUCACGUACUUCGCACGCACUGUCGAACUGCCCUUUGUCAAGGAUGCUAGUCGUGGAAGUACCGCUGUAGAUGUGCCCUGGGUGAUGGUUGGAGGGUCGUAUGCGGGAGCUCUCGCAGCUUGGACGGCGACCCUUUUCUCGGGCACCUUCUGGGCGUACUAUGCGUCGAGUGCGACUGUACACAACCUCGUCGACUUCUGGCAGUACUGGACGCCGAUCCAAGAGAACAUGCCGCAGGACUGUCGUGGAGUUGCCACGACGUUGAUCGAUCACAUCGACAACAUUCUUACCUAUGGCACGGAGCAAAACGUCACCCACCUGAAGGCCCGUUUCGGGUUCCCGGCCAAGCUUUGCAACGAUGACUUUAUGGCUGCUCUUGCGGAUGGGGCCUAUAGCUGGGUCGAUCGGUACUUUUACAAGGAGGUUGGCGAUGAAUACCCGAGAAGUGUAUUCCUCGUCUGGUGCGAUUAUCUCACAAGUAACCACACCAAAGACUCUGCCAUAGCGCCCGCAGAUGUUGAGGCGGCUCUCAAUGGCUAUGUUCGAUGGUGGAAAGAGCUCGGUCGGUCCGAUGCCAGACAGUCCCUCGGGUGCUCUCCGGAUCAGACCGACUACCAAUGCUUCGCCUCGAGUAGCGACAACCCUAAGAAAUUGGACACGUCCCUGAGCAACGCCGAUGACAUCUCAUUCAUGUGGCAGGUCUGCAGCUGGCCCUUCGAGGAUUGGGUGACUGGCUCGCCUCCGGGUAUACCAACAAUCGUGUCGCGCUACAUCACGGUAGACUACAAGAUAAAAGAUUGCGCCUCCUUGUUUCCCACUGGCCCUAAUGGUCAAACAUAUGGCAUCGCCAAGGGCCUCACCCCAGACAUCGUCAACGACUAUACCGGCGACUGGACGACCGUCAACACCUCCCGUCUCAUCUAUGUCAACGGAGAGGCGGACCCGUUCAGGGAGAUCACCGUAUCGGCCGAUUCACGCCCCGGUGGACCGUUGAAGGACACUCCGGAAGUGCCCGUGAAGAUCGUGCCGCAUGGGUUCCAUGCCAGUGAUCUAUUAAUUCCGGAGGGCGAAGCCAACGAGGGUGUGAAGAAGGUGCAAGAGGAGGUCUUGGCGCAGUUGGUGGAGUGGGUCGGGGAGUGGCCUGGAGGUAGUCUACCACAGUGA